GCCGGCGUUUCCGUCCCUAAGAACUUGAUGGACGUGGCUUGUGGCAAGCCGGGGUGGGGCCUGGCCUACUGGAGUUUAGUGGGCGGGCCUCCAGGGAUGCUCUCUUCCCUGCCCCCAGCCCAAGUGCCACGGUGGCGUGGGUAGCUGUCUCCAGGCAAAACGUUUUGGUUCCGACAUUCUCAAAUUUGUAACCUGUAAUCCGGACCCGAACGACACCCUACGGGGAGGCGCUGGUCGGCCUCUCUGCGGCUACUAGUCAGUUCCGAUCCCUCAUCACUGUGCUCAUCCGUGGGUUGAAGCACCUUCCUUAAUAGCUGAAUGUGGGAUGGCAGAUGGAAACGCCUAGACUGGUCCAUACCUCGAUGGAGAAACUGGGUGGGCCAGGCUGCAACUGUCCUGACGGAAGCCCCCCCUGGGCCUGAGAGGAGAGGCUGUUGGCUCACCCUGCCCACCAGCGUAAUAAUUUCUUGGCACCAGAACUCCUUCCUUCUUCCCAUCCUGCAGCUGUUCUGCAGCUCCGAGGAACUGUAAAGUCAGAUGAGACGGGACCUAGCCGUUCGGCCAACACUUGGAGCUCUCUAGCCAUCCAUCCCUCUACCCGAUUCUUCAGCUCCAGUCCUCACACUCUUCCUUUCCCAGCUUCGGUGUCUGAUUUACGGCUGCUCUGUGCUUCAUUGUGACUUUGGGCCAGGGUGGAUGUCAAUGACCCUCGGAGGGUCUCCUUGCGGCUGUAUAGAAUUACCUGCUUCCGAACCUGGGAGGAAGGCAGGCGGUACCCGGUCAAGAGCCGAGGUGGCCAGUGAGUCCAGCUAGCUCUGCGUGCGGCUCUCUUUUUUCGUUCCCCUGCUGGCUGUUUGGCAUUGGAAAUCACAGCUGCUAGAAGGGACUAGUCCAAGGCACUAGGGUGCCACCUACGUGCUGAUGCCCCGAGUGCUCACAGGGCUUCCAGCUAACCAUGCUGCAGCUGCCUGGGCGCUGCCCCUGCUACUACUACUACUGCUGGUGGUGUGGACCCCACCCUUGACUAGCGCGAGGCCGUCCACAGGUCCGGAUUACUUGCGGCGAGGCUGGCUGCGGCUACUAGCUGAGGGCGAGGGUUGUGCUCCCUGCCGACCGGAAGAGUGCGCGGCGCCGCGGGGCUGCCUGGCUGGCCGGGUGCGCGAUGCGUGCGGCUGCUGCUGGGAAUGCGCCAACCUGGAGGGCCAGCUCUGCGACCUGGACCCCAGCACUCACUUCUACGGGCGUUGCGGUGAGCAGCUUGAGUGCCGGCUAGACACGGGCGGCGAGCUGAACCAAGGAGAGGUGCCGGAGCCGCUCUGUGCCUGCCGCUCGAAGCGCCCGCUGUGUGGUUCCGACGGCCGUACCUACGACCAGAUCUGUCGCCUGCAGGAGGCGGCCCGCGCUCGGCCUGACGCCAACCUCACUGUGGUGCACCCAGGGCCCUGUGAAUCCGGCCUCCACCUCCACUCCCCAGAGCCCCAGAUCGUGUCACAGCCCCACAACAUUUGGAAUGUGACUGGACAGGAUGUGAUCUUUGGUUGUGAGGUGUUUGCCUACCCCAUGGCUUCCAUCGAGUGGAGGAAGGACGGCUUGGACAUCCAGCUGCCAGGGGAUGACCCCCACAUCUCUGUGCAGUUUAGGGGUGGACCUCAGAGGUUUGAGGUGACUGGCUGGCUUCAAAUCCAGGCUUUGCGUCCCAGUGAUGAGGGCACCUACCGCUGCCUUGCCCGGAAUGCCCUGGGCCAGGUUGAGGCCUCUGCUACCCUGACAGUGGUCACACCAGACCAGCUGAACUCCACAGGCAUCUCCCAGCUGCAAUCCUUGAACCUGGUUCCUGAGGAUGAGGCAGAAAGUGAAGAGGAUUACUACUAAGUCCAGAGCUCUGGUUCAUGGGGGUGGGUGAGUGGGAUUGUAUCCAUCCCUUCUUUUGAGAAGACUUGGAGAGGGCAAGCAGGAUCCUUCAAUGGAUGGCUUUAAUGUUCUUUAUUGCCUCAGUUUACCUUUCCUCAAAAUUCAUAUACCAGAAGUUUUCCACCUCACCCAGUUCCCAGAAGCACUUACUGACCACAAAGCUUUUUUUUUUUUUUUUUUUUUUGGUCUUUUUUU